AUCAUCUUAUGUCAACAAUUGCAAAAAUUGGAAAUCCUUUACAAAUUUUGUUGCAAAAAUGAAGUCAGUUUUAAUUAAGAGAAAAAUUAUAAAAAUGAAAAAAAGUGGCACAUACAGUCGGGGUUUGCAAAAACACAGGCGACGCUUCAAACAAUCCGGUUCUGUGAUAAACGAUUCCAUAGAAUCAGAUGCUGCUUCUAAGACAUCUCCGACAGAAAAAGAUUCAGUGUUGUCCCACGAAGUGUCCCAUGGAAGUCAAGAAAUGUUCGAUUCUUUAGAAUCCAGCGAAUUUAAUAUUCCGGGUAAUGUUUGAUGUGAAAGCUGUGUAUGAAUGAUAAAUAAUACAUCCUAAUUUAAUUUUAGCAGCAAAUCCUUCGCUUGACACUGAAGAAUUCCGAACCAGUGAAAAUCAGCUUGAUUAUAGUGAAUCCAUAAAACUCGAUAAUUCUGGUACCUUUUAAAAAUAAAAUAGCUUUAACUUAAUACUUAUCAAAUUAUUUUUAGACCCAAGUCCUCUUAAAACUGAACUUCAAAAAUGGGCUUCAGAGUUUCAUGUUUCGCAGUUAGCACUGAAAUCAUUACUCGCGAUAUUGAACCAGAAUCUGGAUGUGAAUCUUCCUGCUGACCCAAGAACACUAAUGAAAACUCCAAGAAACACGACGUUCAUCAGUAUGGCCGACAAUGGACAAUAUUGGCAUCAUGGGUUCGAGUUUUGCCUUCGAAAUUUAUUCGAUAAGCUCGAUAGAUCCAUAUCUAUUUCUAUUAACAUCAAUGUUGACGGCUUGCCGAUUUUUAAAAGCUCUCUCAAAAAUUUUUGGCCAAUUCUUUGCUCUGUUCAGGAGUUUCCGGAAAUGCCUCCAUUCGCUGUAGGUAUUUACUACGGGACCGCUAAGCCGAAAGAUGCAUCAGAGUUUCUUACACCUUUCAUCGACGAGCUGCUGCCUAUAUUGGAAGCUGGGAUGACAGUAAACGGUUAUUUGAUUACUGUUAAAAUACGUUGCUUCAUCUGCGAUAGCCCGGCGCGUGCUUUCAUAAAAGGCGUAACAAGCUUUAAUGGUAAAUUUGGUUGCCUAAAAUGUACUACGAAAGGGCAAUAUUUGCAUAUCACAAAUACUAUGGUGUACCCCGAUAUAAAUGCUACAAAGCGUACCGAUGAAGACUUCCGUGAAAAGAAAUAUUUAGAUCAUCAACGACGGGAUACUCCUCUAACUAAACUCCCAAUAGAUCUGAUUGAAGACGUCAUUGUAAGCGAUUCUCUUCACCUGUUGGAAUUGGGAGUAAUGAAAAAAUUACUAACCAGCUGGCGUACUGGAAAAAUGACCAACAAAGCUAAAUGGAGUACUUUUGAAAAAGCUAAAAUUUCCGAAUUUCUCGUGAAUGUCAGGUUUCCUUCUGAAAUCCAUCGUCGCAUGCGGUCUCUUGAAUUUGUAUCGUUAUGGAAAGGAUUAGAAUACCGCAGUUUUUUGAACUAUGUUGGAAUAGUCAUAUUGAAAAGUUAUUUACCAGAGAAAUACUAUGACAAUUUCGUUUAUUUGUACUGUGCCAUUAGAAUUUGUUCAGCUAAUAAGUAUAAACAUCUACUCCCAGUAGCGCGAUGCCUAUUCAAUGAUUUUAUAAAUAGUUUUAAGUCUUUAUAUGGUGUAGAAUAUGUUACCAGUAACAUCCAUAAUCUGUGUCAUGUUGUUGAUGAGGUCGAAAGGUUCGGGGAUUUGUCAACACUCAGCGCAUAUCCAUUCGAAAAUUAUUUGCACACAUUAAAAAAAUUGCUUAAAGCAGGGCCAAAUCCACUAGCGCAGGUGGCGAAUCGUAUUUCAGAGAAUAUGAAUGCAGGAGAGUCAUUUUCCUUUGAAGAGCAGAUCAUAAGUAAAUCUCCAAUAUCAGUUGAGAAAACCAAAAAGAUUUGUAAAAUCACUUUCCCAAGUUUUAUAUUGAGCACUGCCUGUAAAGAUAGAUGGUUUUUAUCAAAAUCAUUGAAAAUUGUUUGCGUCGUAAACAUAAUCGAAAGUAAAAAUGACUGGAAGAUUGAAGGGCAGCAUCUGCUAAACCAAGCAGAUUUUUUCUCAAAACCAUUUAAAUCAUCUGUUAUACAUAUUUAUGUUGCAAAUCAAAACCUUAAAAACCGAUCAAAAAAUAAUUUGUACGAAUGCAGUGCGAUAAUGUGUAAACUUGUAGCUAUUUCUUGUGCAGAUGGAACUGUAUUUAUACCACUCAUACAUACUUUGAAUUAA